UUUCCCCCCCCCCCCCCCCCCCCCCCCAAAAAAAAAAAGAAAAAUCUCUCCCCGUUACCAUCCGCCACUGAAACCUCUGUAAUCGAAGCCCUCCGUCGCAAUGGCCGCCCCCACUGGCAGCUCCGGCGAGCCCUCCCACGUCCUGGAGCUGGAAACUCCACUCUUGGAUUCCGAGGGCCCAAACAUCCUCCAGCAAAUAUCGGAGCAAGGCGGCUACGCCUACGUUGGUAUGGCGUCCCUGGCGGCCGCCGGCGACCUCCGUGCGGCCGAGGCGGCUCGUGAGAUGGCCUGGGAGCAGCUCCACUCCGGGCCCUGGCACUCCGUUCUCCCCGUCUGGAGAGACGCCUACUCCAUGGCCUGCCUUAAUCUCGCCAAGUUCCAAUACGGCAGGGGCGACUUCGAGGAGGUGCUGAGGGUUCUUGAUAUGGGCUUGAUUAUGGGGGGAUUGGCUCUCCGCAAAGAUUUGGACUCCGCCGUGGAGAAGGCGACUGCUAAGGCCAGUGCUCGUCUCAGCGUUCCCGAGCAAGGAACUGUGGAGGGCUCCAGAUGCCGCUGUCUUGUUAUUCCUCAAGAAUUUAACGAGGCGGAGGCGCUUCAGGUGUUACCCAAGAAGUCACUAACUUCUAAGAUUGUUGGGAAACGGUCUGGUCUAUCCUUGGAGGGAUUCCUGCGUGACUAUUUCUUGUCAGGUUCUCCAGUUAUAAUCAGUGACUGUAUGGCGCAUUGGCCAGCCAGGGCAAAGUGGAAUGACGUGGAUUACCUAAAAAGGGUUGCUGGGUAUCGCACUAUUCCAGUUGAGGUUGGUAAGAAUUAUUUAUGCUCAGAAUGGAAACAAGAGCUAAUUACCUUCUCACGGUUUCUUGAGAGGAUUCAGUCAAAUGAUUGUAGCUCUGCUGGUCCAACAUAUUUAGCUCAGCAUCCUCUAUUUGAUCAGAUACAAGAGCUACGAAAAGACAUUCUUAUACCUGAUUAUUGUUUUGUUGGUGGUGGGGAGCUCAGAUCACUCAAUGCUUGGUUUGGUCCUGCUGGGACAGUAACACCAUUGCACCAUGAUCCUCACCACAAUAUUCUUGCUCAGGUGGUGGGCAAAAAGUAUGUAAGGCUUUACCCUGCUUCUUUAUCGGAGGAACUUUACCCACAUAAGGAAUCCAUGCUUAGCAAUUCCAGCCAGGUUGAUCUAGAGAACAUAGACGCGGACAAGUUUCCAAAGGUGCGGGAGCUGGAAUUUAUGGACUGCAUUUUAGAGGAAGGCGAAAUGCUUUAUAUCCCUCCAAAAUGGUGGCAUUACGUGCGCUCUCUCACCAUUAGUUUUUCUGUUAGUUUCUGGUGGAGUCACGAUUCCAGCUCCACAGGAUCCUGAUGAGUCGUUUCCCUUCUCCCUUUCUCUUUUGUUUUUCGACAUUAAUUGGCUCUGGGUUCAACCCAGAAAGGAGACACAUCAUCCGUAGACAUGCAUCUUAAUUAGCCAGCCACUACUGCUCUUAUACUCACAAACUAGCAGUUGCAAUGCAAUUGGCAACAAACAAACAGUAUGCUGUUAUGUAUAGAGGCACUUGAAGCAUUCCACGAUUGAUGAUCGUGAUCAUCUAUAUAUAAUUUACACA